GAGAGAGAGCAGGAGAGAGAGAGAGAGAAAUCCAACCUGCUGCAUUAAGAGUGAACAUACACAGGAUGCUUACAGACAUAAUAGCAGAGGGGGAUUUCGAGAUUAAAGAGGAAGAGCUGUGGUAUGACCACCGAGAUCUGGAAAAUGAUCUUCAUUUGGCCGCUGAGCUGGGCAAAACCCUCCUGGAGAGGAAUCAUGAAUUAGAGGAAGGUCUCCAGCAGAUGUAUACUACCAACCAUGAGCAGCAGCAGGAGAUUGAGCAUCUAUCCAAGCAAGUGGAAAUGCUCAGGUCAGUGAAUGAUCAGCACGCUAAAGUCUAUGAGCAGCUAGAUGCGACUGCACGAGACUUGGAACGGAGCAACCAAAGACUUGCACUGGAAAACCGCUCAGCCCAGCUUAAGAUCGAGGGGUUCCUACCCAGUGAGCACUCCUUAUCUGCAAGCACUCCCUCUCUAGAGGAAGAUGAAUGGGAAGCGAAAGAACACGCGGUCCUUUUGCAUUCACUGCAGGCCCAGCUGAAUGUAGAGCGAACCCUACGGGAGACUGCUGAGCAGGAGGCUGAGGCUCUGGCCCGAGAGAUCAGUGAUCUGGAGCCAUGUAUGACUCUGUUGGAAGGCUAUAAAUCUCGUCUGGCUGAGACUGAGGCUGAAGUCGAGGAACUACGCCAGAUGUUGCACUCUGAUUCAGCCUCACACAUGCUUCCAGGCUCUCUGUUCUUCCCUUCAGAGGAGGACGUAAGCGAGACGUGGGAGAUGAGGCAGGUGCUGAAGGUUUGCAACAGCGAGAGGCAGUUGCUGGGAGUUAGCAGCAAGGACGACGACCUGAGAGAUGAAGAACAUGUCCAUAGGGGGCAUUUAGAGACCGUGCAGAACCACGGUAUGUCUCUGCUAAACGAGAUGGACGCUCAGUACAAUGCUUUACAGUGGAAAUACAACGCACUUCUGCGCCACUGUGAAGCUGGUUCGCAGUUACAGUGUGACAAAGCUGUGCAGACAGACGACAUUCAGCCCUCAACGCUAAAUCCAGUCAAACACACAAGUUCUCAGGAGAGUGCUCAGAUCCCUGAGUACAAAACGCUUUUCAAUGAGAUUUUCACUUACAUCCAAAACAGCAAAAAGGACUUAGAGAUUAACAGAAAUAAGUCAAAUUAAUGCAGCUGAUUUCUACAUAAUUAGCCAAAUCUCCCAGCAGGCAUCAGGUAUAAUAAGGUAACGAGGGCAGAGUCUGAAUUAACUGGAUUCCCAAAGGAAUAAGGAUAUUUAAAGCUAGAUCUCACAUUUUGUUUUCGUUAUAGACCUAAUUGAAACUGAUCUCCUUUUGAUGAAGUCUUUCUGUGAUGUACAGGAUAAAACUAUGUUUGCUUUUUUUUUUUUUUUCGCUCCUAAUUAUACAGUAGGUAGUAUGUCUUAUUAAUGGUGCUGCAAAAAUGUUUAGAAAUAGAAUUACAUUUUGAUUCAAAAUUGAAUACCCUAUUUUGUCUGGCAUGUUUAUUUCUCUGAGGCUUAGAUAUCAGCAACAGUCAGUAGCGUAUUUUUGGAAAUGUUUCUGGUUUUUGGAGCACAUAGAGUAUGCCUAGACAUCCUCAGGGAAUGUCGAACCAGGAACAAAAGCAAUGAAUACAUUGUUUAGUUUUUGUCUUUCUCUACUUUUUUUAGUCAAUCCCUGACAUCUAAUACUUUAUAGACAAUCAAUGUUAGUGUUAAAUGUAAUAUAUGCUGUACAAUAACAAUUCUUGUCAUG